GCGCAAAUACAUUCACUGUGUUUGAGCCUAAAAUAUUGCAUUGUAGGGCGUAAGAUUCACAGCUGACUUUGUCACGCGGUAUAGCUGGAUCAAGGCUGGUCGUUUCCAUGCAGGAUGUAACCGAUGAUCCCCGAUCACAAAUGACCAACAAACUUGGCAAGAACCACCAAGAUGUCAACCUCAGCGGGAGUCCCAAGUCUAGAGAGCACGUACUUCGCCGGCGCCUCCCUACAGUUGUAUUCUCACCCGCCGCCUGACUGUCCUGCGGAUGAAUGGUGCUCCUACGGGAAAGAUGCGCUGGUCAUGACCCGGAUUGAGGAUCGCCUGAAUGCUUCCAUAGCUCGUCGAGUUCCCAUUCCUUCCAUACCCACCCAUGUCUCCAUCAUCCUCAAUAAGCGGCUCGUCUCCAGCACUCGACGUAUUCCCCAUGUCUGGACAGCACACAUCCAGGAUUCAUCAUCCGACGUCAGAUACCCGUUAACCAUGGUCGCAAAAAUAUAUGACCCAGUUUAUUUUGACUCUGAAGAGGCAGAAUACAUCGAUCCUUUCGCCCUCCACGACUUGACCGUCUCACGGGAGACAGAAGCAUAUCGACGUUUAGAGUACCUUCAGGGAGCGAAGGUCCCACGUUGUUACGGGCACUUUGUAGCUCCCCUAACCGCUCAGUGCGAUAGGUCUGUCAACGUCGUGUUGUUGGAGUACAUCCAUGGGAGGAACAUAUUAGACCUUGUUCCUCGGGAGUUAGUGGAGACGCUGUGUAGCACACACAAGGACGCCCUCAUCGAUGCGGCCCUCCGGCUUUAUUUCGAAAUCUAUGCAUGUGGAGUGGUGCAGGCAGACAUGCAACCUAGGAACGUGAUGUUGCGUUGUGCUAAGCACGAGAAUGCGCCUUUUUGCUCGACAGAAGGAUGCCCAUUGUUCUCUGAGAUGGAUUGUGAGGAUAUACAGAUGGUGAUGGUGGAUUUUGAGGACGUAGAAUUCCGAGAGCCGGAUAGCGACUUCAGCGAUCCUAUAACGCAAGAGAACCAUGUCGAGAAGGUCAAGCCAAUUUAUCUGGAGAAGUGGUUGAUGAAUGAGAUGGCUUGAACAGCCAUGAUGGAGGUAUGGCGUGUCAGGGACUCUUCAGUGUCCGGCGGAAUCGACGCUCGAGAUGUUCACUUUUGUCUAUUUCGUCCGAAUCCUCGUGCAGUCCAUACAUGACGCUAAGCUGAAGAAAACGAAGAGAGCUGGAGGCGACAGAGUGCGCUUAUACAAUCAUUGCAGAUGGUCAAUGGUCAUUGGUCAAGAAUCUAAAAGACGAUUUUGCACGUGACACGUGAUUAAUCGCUAAAUUAAAA